CGGCAUGGCUUCUUUAGUCAAGAAAGAUAAGAUAAAGCUAAAAUUACAUUUUAAUUAAUCCUUCUUGGUCUCUGCUAAGCUUCUGGUUUAGGUUUUCUCCCAAAUUUCAAAUCCAAAAUCAAAAUCUACCUUCACUUGAUCCAUCCUUCUUCUUCCACCGAUCCUCAAUCAUUUAGGGUUUUCGAUAUGCUGCUGCAGCUACUCUCUUCUUCAAUUCUCUGCCAUUGACGGCCUUUUAAACUUUUUAAUUAACAUUAAUUCCUUAAUUUAUGAACUUCUAUUCUGAAAACAAGGAAAUGACGGGUUGUUCCUUAUCUCACGAUCGUAAUUCGGUUCAAUCUCAUGCUUCUAGUAAUUCUCUUCGAAGUGGUAGAAAUGCGUUGUGUUUGUUAGUGCGGAGAGAGAUUUGUCCCAGAACAAAACAUGUACCGAAAAGGAGGUGGGGAGGAACUUCUGGAUGGAAAGCUAAUCCAUCUGUGCCCAAAAGCGAACCAUCAAGAGAUGCAAGACGUGGUCUUAUUUCAUGGGUUGAGGCUGAAUCAUUGCGACAUUUAUCUGCCAAGUAUUGUCCCCUGGUGCCUCCUCCAAGGUCAACAAUUGCAGCAGCAUUUAGUCCUGAUGGGAGAACACUUGCUUCUACUCAUGGGGAUCAUACUGUGAAGAUAAUUGAUUGUCAAACUGGAAACUGCUUAAAGGUGUUGACUGGUCAUCGGAGGACUCCAUGGGUGGUUAGGUUCCAUCCAUUGCAGCCUGCAAUUCUUGCUAGUGGGAGCUUGGAUUAUGAGGUUCGCUUAUGGGAUUCAAACACAUCAGAGUGUAUAGGAUCUCGUGAUUUCUAUCGUCCUAUUGCUUCCAUUGCUUUCCAUGCUCAAGGGGAAUUGCUUGCAGUUGCAUCAGGUCACAAGUUGUACAUAUGGCACUACAAUAAGGGAGGGGAGGGUUCCUCACCAACCAUUGUAUUGAAGACUAGGCGUUCUCUUCGAGCAGUGCAUUUUCACCCGCAUGCUGCUCCGUUUCUCUUGACUGCAGAGGUCAAUGAUCUUGACUCUUCAGAUUCCUCGAUGACACGGGCGACAUCUCCGGGCUACGUAAGAUAUCCUCCUCCUGCUGUUUUUGUGGCAAAUGUUCAGUCCAGUGAUCGUGUUAGUUUGGCUGCUGAACUACCUCUCAUGUCCAUGCCUUUCUUGUACAUGCCUUCAUUCUCUAUGGAUGAUAGUAGAACAGAUGUUAAUAGACAUAUUGGUUCAAGCAUAAUGCAAGUGGAAUCAUCUGGUUCAAGGGAUUUGCAGACAGAUGCAAAUGCAGCAGAGAAGUAUGAUACUUUAGUGUCUUCCAUGGAGACAUUCCCUGCAGUUGCUUCCAGUUCAUAUCCCAUUACAGAAGGUGCAGUUAGUAAUUCUUUUCCUACUGCAAUGGGAAGUUGCGUUGCUGACUCCACUGUAGAUCCCAUGAAGACCGAUGAAAUGCAGCCCUUAGAGGGGAACUUGCAAGGAAACUAUACUGACCCAGAAACUUCUGGUGGUGGUAAUAGUGCAGUGGACGGAGCAUGUGGAAAUAUUUUAGUUGGGCAGCAUUCCACUGAGGUUGGACAACUUCACCAGUGCCUGCCCUCUAGAGAACCAACUUGGUGGGAGCUACACUUUUUGCAAGGAUGGUUAAUGGGUCAAAGCCAAGCUGGUGUUCCAUCAUUGCUUCCUCUUAACAUUGGUGGUCGUGAAUAUUCAGCCCAAUAUACAGGUUCCUCCUCGACAUCUUAUCUGUCUAGUCACAAUAUGGAAACUGCAGUGGCUACUUUGGCAAUGCCGGCCAGCACUAGCCUAUCUGGGUUUUCUGGGAGAUCUGACUUGCAACAUAACAUUUCACGUUUCCGCUACUCUGGGGAGAGUACAGUUCCCAUGAACAUGCAACAUGAUGGUGCUGACACUCAACCCAUAUUUAACAGAAACCAGUCUGAAAUUGCCACAUCAAUGGCUGCGGCUGCUGCAGAUUUACCUUGUACUGUAAAGCUCAGGGUUUGGUCUCAUGAUAUACAAAAUCCCUGUGCCCCACUCAAUUCUGAAAGAUGUCGUUUAACUAUACCUCAUGCUGUCCUAUGUAGUGAAAUGGGUGCUCAUUUUUCACCUUGUGGAAGUUACUUAGCUGCCUGUGUUGCUUGCGUGCUUCCUAAUAUGGAAGCUGAGCCUGGAUUACAAACUUUAGUUCAACAAGAUACUGGGGCUGCAACUUCGCCUACUAGACACCCAAUCUCUGCACAGCAAGUUAUGUAUGAGCUUCGCAUAUAUUCCCUGGAGGAGGCAACCUUUGGUUCAGUUCUUGUAUCACGAGCAAUUAGAGCUGCUCAUUGUUUGACUUCAAUCCAGUUCUCACCCACAUCUGAGCAUAUAUUACUGGCUUAUGGCCGCCGUCAUGGAUCCCUUCUUAAAAGCAUUGUUAUUGAUGGGGAAACAACAUCUCCUAUUUACACAGUUCUAGAGGUUUACAGAGUUUCAGAUAUGGAACUGGUGAGAGUUCUCCCUAGUGCAGAGGACGAGGUCAAUGUUGCUUGCUUUCAUCCUUUUGCUGGGGGAGGUCUUGUUUAUGGAACCAAGGAAGGGAAACUUAGGGUCCUUCGAUUUGAUGGUGCUCAUGGUGUGAAUUGCAGUAGACCAAAUUAUUCUCCAGAAGAUAACUUGGCUGAGGUAGAAUAGUCUGUGAGGUCCAGACAUAUGCACUAGAAGGUUAGAAACCCACUGUUAUGCUUCCAAUGUGUGAACCGUGAACCAUGAAAAUCUACUUGGAUGAAUAAGAGUCUUGGUUAUGGAUGAGGCUCAAAUUAAACAUAUGGGUGAGUUUGAAUACGCUUAAACUUGGCAGCAUUCCCUACUGAUCGGAAUCUUGAUACCUGGUUUGAAUCAGAUGUGACCAACUGUUGGGUUCUUCACUUGCCCAUUUUCCCCCUCCAGCAUCCAGCAGCAAACUCUAGGAAUGUAUUCUAAUUUUUAUGUUAGGAAAUGUAAAAUAUUGUGUCUCAGUAAUGAACUAUUACAAGUUUGUUUGCUUUUCCCAUUUUCCAA